AUGAAGUCAGCCAUCAUCGCCGCCCUCCUUUCCAUCUGCCUCUUCGCAACCCACAUUGUAGGCUCAGCCCUGGCACCCCGCGCCGCCUUGGACCGAAAAUGCCCUCUCGAGUCCGAUUGCAUGGAAAAGCUCUGUGAAAAUUUCAGCUUCAUAGAAACCAAAGAAAAGGACCCGUUCUACCUCGUUGCCCAGUGCAAGAACAAGAAAGGCAGAUACGUUUACACCAAGCUCGAUCUCAAGAAGUGCAUCGCCAAUUGGGAUGGCAACCUGGAAUGGGCACCAAGAGGUGGUUUCAGGUGUGGUGCAUGCGACGUCUUUCAGGAAUCUCCAGACUCAUACGUCGGCCUGAGAUGCGGGGAGUGCAAGCCACGUAUCUUCUGGCUAGAGGGAUACAAGUCGCCUUCCAUCAAUCUCUCUCAGGGGAUUUGGGUCAGCCAGGAGGGCGCCCUCAGCUGCUACGACAUGAAUGGCGAGUGGUAUGUGUAACUACAGACUUGACUGGCGAGUUUCUAGAUGCGUCGAAUCUGGUUGGAGCUCCUGAGACAAGAACAAGCGACACUUCGUAGAACGGAACUUUGCCUAAGGUUCCAUGGAUGAUUAGGGCUUUACAUUCUUUGUAAUAAUUGCGUACGACACCGUCGCAAAUUCAUAUUUGUGUGUUGGCAUCUCAUCUAAAGAGGAUGAGGCGUUGAUCUAUCAUCAAAAUCUAAUAUUAAGUAAGAACUUUCGAACCAUGGCUGAGAGUGAAUCAGGG